AUGUUGUACCGCACGUUAUUAUUACUUACUAUAUAUUUUCUCUCUUUUAUUAAUUGUAGUGAAGAGAUGCCGAAAGUAUUUUUAACGGCAGCUAAAAACGUUCCAAGAAUAGGAAGAAGUAAUAAAGACAAUGCCGAUUUUGAAAAAUUCUUUUUAAAAGCUUCCAAAUCGGUACCGAGAAUAGGAAGAAGAGAUGAGAAUCCCUAUCUACAUUACGAAGAAGUUCAAAAGGAGUACGGGCCACAAAACAAUUUUAAAUAUCCCACAUGGUCGGAAAUAGCUGAUAGAUACGAGUACGAACCAGAAUUAUUUUCCAAUCCUCAGGCGUUACUCGAAUUAGAAAAAGCGUUGGGAGAUGAUCCUAAUAUUUACGAUUGGGAUAAAGUGAGGAUCAAACGGAAAAUUCCUGGAAGGUUUACCAAUUACAAUAAACCGUUGACGGUCUACAAAAUGUAG